CCACCUACUGGUGUAAUGAUGGAUCCUGCAAAACAAGUCACUAAACAGUUCCAGCAGCAUGUUUGGACUGUAAACAAAGAUUCAGUUUUGUUUAAUUGUGCAGAGCUCUCAGAUCACAGAGCAUUUAAUGAAGCAAAAUUCUCCACUUAUCUGAAUAACUUUCAAGUGUCCAAGGGAAGCUGAAUUGACCUUGUGGCAGCUCAGCACUCUUUGAGUAGUGGGAGGAGAGAUGGAAGAGAGGAACGUCUGCGUGUUUAACAGAAAGAGAGUAAGAGAGAUAGAGAGAGAGGGAGUGUGGCACCACUUCACUGAGAAGAGUAAAUAGUAAAGAGUUGUGGCUGGGACUGUCCAACUACUUGGACACAGAGAAGCACAGCAAACACAGGGUACCAUCUACAACAAUGAAUGACAUCAAACUAGCCCUGCUUGGCAGUGAGGGAGCAGGCAAGUCUGCGGUUUUGGUGAGAUUCUUAACCAAGCGUUUCAUAGGAGAAUAUGCGUCAAAUACCAACUCCUUAUACCAUAAAAGGCUCUCCAUUGAUGGAAGGCAGUUGAACUUGGAAGUCUUUGAUCCAUGCUCACAGAGUGAAGAAAGCAAAUGUAUCCUAGAGGAACCUCUGGACUGGGCUGAUGGCUUUGUGGUGGUGUACACCAUCAGUGACCGUACAUCCUUCCUAAAUGCCAAAAACAUCCUGGAACAGAUCAAAGAGACUCGUCGAGAGACCUGUAAAGGGGAGGUUCCCAUCUGCCUCGUGGGUAACAAGCAGGACUUAUGCCACAGCCGCCAAGUGAGUGAAGAGGAGGGCCGCUCUCUGGCCCAGGAGAACAAAUGUCUCUUCCAGGAGGUUUCGGCGGCUGAGAACUACCUGGAGAUCUCAAACCUCUUCACAAAGCUCAUCCGCCAUGUGAUGGAACAGCUUAAGCAUAGAGGUGACCGCAGGCGGUACAGUGGCUCCAAAUCCAUGGCCAAGCUCAUUAACAAUGUCUUUGGCAAGAGGAGAAAGUCUGUUUGAGUGCAGAACAUGAAAGAGCCCAGAAAGGAGCAAUGAGUCAGUCUCUAUUGAAUCAGUAAUGGAGAUUUUUCCCUGUUAAACCUGAUGUUCUGGAAAAGGUUUUAUGUGUAUGAAUAGAAGUAGUGCAGAUUCAAAUUCAAACACUACGAGAAAUCCCACACAGCCAAGAUCAUCAUAUAGAGCAGUGGUUCUCAGUGGUACUCUUUGACUUCAAGCCCCCCUCCUCAUUGUCAGCAAAAUUUGACUGUCCCACUUUUCCAGGCGUUUACUGUAAAAAGUAUUUUUACUAAAGAUUUUUUUAACUACCCCUUUAAAACACGAUUAGUUUACAUUAUCAGCUUACACAGAAUCCCAGUGACACAUACGCAUUUCCAUUAUAAUUUUCUGCAUUUAUUUGCAUAAAUAAUUUUAGUUCAAGAGUUUUUGGAAUUAGUUUCUUUCUUUAGAAAGAAAAAUAUUUGCCUUAUGAUUUUUCUCUUAUCUGACUUAGAAGAGUCACAAAGCUACUUUUGUCUUAAAAUUCCUAUUUUUGUUGACCUAUAUACACCUCUUGAUAAUAUUUUCAAUAUCUUUGAGAAGAAUGGGAAAUGUUUGCAAAUUCGUGAAGCUUUUGCUUUUGUCUUGAACGAGUAGCGCACAUUCUUUCCCUUGCUCUCUGAAAAUGUUUUAAUGGCAUGAGACCGAGUUUGCAUCAAGGAAUGCACAACAAACUUGAAGUGAAUUUCAUAUAUCGAGAUGCUGUGAUGAGGUGUAAAAUGCAGGUAAAUUACCUUUCUAACAAAAACCUGUGGAAGAGGAAUGAAAAUAAACACUCUCCAGCAUUCCUUCCCUAGCAUUCUCAGGGCCUCUUUUCGAAUAAAAACAAUGGACUUCAGCCUUUUCCCAUACUGUACAGGUCUGUGGGCCCUCGGAAAGGACCUGUGUUAAAACACAUUCGAAUUUAGGUUAAUCACAAAAACAGAAACUUAUUAUUAUUAUAAAUUUGUUUAAUGUUUUGGCAAGUUCUUCCAGUAAUGUUAACAUAAUGUUCGUUCAGAGUUAUCUGGUCUUUAAUAAACGUUCCCAAAGUAUCAGCACAAAACGUUAUUUCUUAAAUGUUGGACUUACAUCUAACAUAUUUAUUAUUAUUAUUUUGCUAUUUGUUUCAGGAUAUUUAGAGAAUAAUUAAAAAACAGUAUUACCAUAAUGUUUGGAAACCCAUAAAUGGGAAUGAUCACUUACCGUUUGGAUAACAAACAUGUUUUAAAGUAUUUUUAAAUACUGGCCAUUUCGAAUGCUCAGAAAACAUUUUCAUAGCUUCAUAACAUUCUUAGAGCAUAUUUUUGUUAGCUGGGAUCAUACUGAUCACUUUGUUUUUAACGUUAGCAGUCUAGGAGACUAACGGAUUCGUCUAAAGGAUAAUUGGAGUAAUAAAUGAGACAAAAUAGAUGACUCGAAGUGUGUUGCACUGAAAACAAAAUCUAGGGCUGCCACAUUUUCAAAAUUUUUCCACAACGCACUGUAAAUCACUUAUACCCCGAGUAUAUCCUGUCAUGGUUCAUGUCUCACAAUUCAAGAGAAAUGGUGGAUGAGAAGAUUUGUCAUCAUGGCACUGGCACUUCACAGCUACUGUGAAGAUGCAUGCUAAACAACACAAAUCAAACUAGAAGGGCACUGGUCCUGGAAUAUAAUACAGCGAUGCUGUUGAUAAAUACCAGUGACGUUUAUGUGUGACCCAGUUUUCGAUCAGUGCCCAAAUGUUUAGUGGUCCUCGCGAGUUCCUGAAUUUGUGUUCACGAUGCACUGAUUCACAGCUUAGCUGGGGAAAUGGGGAGUGUAAUAAGACAGAGCAGCAGAAGCCAUGAAAGACUUACAAAAAAAUUCUAAGAAUCUCAGAAAUAUCAAUAAAUCUACACUUGUCCAUGGAGAAAAAAAGGUAACAUUCUUUUGUGCAAGGCUGCUUAUCAAAUGAAGGAUGAAUUAAACAGAAUUUACUGCUGCUAAUGUUACAAAAUUCAAUCCUGAUUCUACAGUUUAUUGUUUAGGUACCAGUAAUGUCAUGUCAAGUUUAAUAUUUUGUGCAAUUAGCUUAGGGUUGUGUUUGUCUAUCAUUGUAACUUGUUUAAAGAGCAGCUUUAUAAUGCUGUAGCUAAAACUGUAGCUAAAGUAAAAUGUGUACCUUUGAUUUUUUUUUUUUUUUUUUAAAGUAGUAACAUGUUCACUAACCUUAUAACCUACUAAUAAAAUGGUUACUUUUCUA